AUGAUCGUAGCUUACAUACUGCCUUUGAGUAUAUUUAAAUUCACGAUAUCGGUAGCAGUAACACUCGAAGAAGACGGUGCUUCAUUCAUUCUUGUUCCUCAUGGUUUCAGUCCCGAUUAUACUGAAAGAGUAAUCAUUCCAGCAGUAAGUUCGGGGCCUCAACCUCCAUUUCCAUGCCUGGUUGCUGGGAUGGGCACGUAUGAACAUGGUCAGACAUUCACCAAGGAACAUUUCCAUUACAAAUGCAACAAUGGUACCGCUGAAGUUAUUGCAUGUGUAGCAGACGACAAAUCAGUAAUACAUAUCGGUCGAAUGUUUAUACGAAGCGGAGUAAGGCAUAAAUGUGACGUGAAGGGAGACACGGUCACUUACGAGCAAGAAUCAACCUGUUAUGAUAAUGGGAUUCAUUACGAUGUUGGUGAACAUUUUCGCAAUGGAUCUUUCGUGCUAGUUUGCCAAAAAGAUGGUAUUACCAUUGAAGGUUGUUAUGCUCGAAAUACAGAUAUCACAAUUCCUGUAGGUACCGAACGAAUCGUGGAACAUUAUUUGCAUAAGUGCGAGCUGCUCGACCAAGGACGAGUACGAUAUACUGCUAAUCUGAUUGGAUGCAAAAAAGAUAACGAAUUUUUCAAUGAAGGACAAAUAUGGACAUCAGAGCAUAUUCGAUAUCAGUGCACAUCAUAUGGAAUCGUCCGAGUGCUCGGUUGUGUGGAUGAUAAUGGUCUAUUCGUUGAACUCGGAAGGGAUGUCUUGAUGCGUAACAUCGUACAUCGCUGUUAUAGAGUUGACAAAACAACAGUUUAUCAUCGCUUCGCAUGCGUUGGACGAACACUGGCCGAAUGUAUUCUUACUCCACCAGUGGAACGGCUGCCCCCUAUUUCCCAAACAUGA